UAAGUCGUGAUGUCUCCUUCCUACUUCGAAACUUGUCGCUCACUGGACUCGCACAAAGCAACACUUUCUUUUUAACUUUCUAGGAGUAGGAAGACUUCCACUCCUCAUUACACGACACUGAAAAAUAUGGAAAGCUGAGAAGGAAAAAAGCAACCUUUUCUUCACAGUUCAGUCGAAUUACGAACCGAUUGAAAGCAUUUCUCGAAUCAAAUCGAGUGGAUCGUAUUAGAUGGGGAGUAUCAUCGAAGAAACGGAGGACGACAGAGAUUACGAUGUGGAGGACACUGUAUUUGUUGCGGUGGGGAAAAAUGUGGAGAAGAGCAAAGCCACGCUGUUUUGGGCGUUGCGGAGCUUUGCAGGGAAGAAGAUUUGCCUCCUCCAUGUUCACCAGACGACUCAUGUGCUUCCUUUGACAGACGGAAGGCAUGCUGCUGAUGAAGUGCAAGAAUACUCAAUUGAUGCUCAUGCAUUUCAAGAUUUUGAAAGGCAGAAAAUGCUAGAACUUCUGAAUGAAUAUCUUCUCAUUCUUUUCCAAUCUGGGGUACAAGCUGAAAAAGUAUGGAUUGAGAUGGACAGCAUAGAGAAGGGGAUUGUAGAAGUCAUUGCUCGCUACAAUAUAAAAUGGCUUGUCAUGGGGGCAGCAGCUGAUAAAUACUAUACUAAGAAAUUAGCUGAGAUAAAGUCGAAGAAAGCAAUAUUUGUGAGUCAGAAAGCACCAAGUUAUUGCCAUAUCUGGUUUGCUUGCAAGGGGUUCCUCGUCUAUACAAGGGAAGGUAGAAAUGAUAGAAUGGAGGCGGAUCAUGCUUUUCCAUUGCUGCUUAUGGAUUCAGCUAUAGGGAGUAACAAACCAGGGCAUUUGGGAACUGAAUCUGUUGGACAUAGCAUGAGGUCUUCAGAUGCAACAGAUGAGGCUGAUGAAUUGGAAGGAAUAUUUGCAAGUUUCAGUUCUCAAUGUUCCAUGCACUCUAGCUAUUUUUCGGACAGAGUAGUUGAUACUUUUGAAACAACCCCGUUUCUGACGGAUGAGCAGGUAGAGAACAUUUUGGUGCAAGCAACUGGAAAUUCUAGUCAUAGACCAGAACAAGCGAUAAUGGAUACCAAGGACUCAAAGAAGCAAGUAUUUGAGGAAGCAGCAAAGCGGCAGAAAGAUGAAGAUGAUGCCAUGGAAGCCAAAUGCAAGGCCAAAGCAUUAGAGAGCUUAUGUGUUAAGGAGAUGUGCAAAAGGAAAGAGACAGAGGAACUGCUCGCCAAAGAAAAGAUAGAAGUGGAAAAGACUAAGAACCAGCAUGCUGAAUUCUUAAAAGAACUCAAAAUGGUUCAGAAUGAAAAACAAGUACUCGAGAACCAACUUGCAGAAACUCAUCAUAUAGUGAAAGAGCUGGAGGAAAAAUUCUUCUCAGCUGUAGACCUAUUGAUAAGUUUUAAGGAAAAAAGAGAUGCAAUUAAGUUGCAGUAUGAAAAUGCUAUAAGACAGGUCAAAAAGAUGAAGAGAUUGGCAGAAGUUGAAGCUGGAAAUUUUUGCAAGUCAGAAAUCCUUGAAUUUUCUUUUAUGGAGAUCAACGAGGCAACUAACAAUUUUGACCCAACUUGGAGGAUUGGUGAAGGAAAACAUGGAAGCCUUUAUAAAGGUUUCCUUCGCCAUGUACAAGUUGCCAUCAGGAUGUUGCCCUCAUAUGGUUCUCAUUGCCACUUCGAGUUCCAGAAGGAGGUAGAAGUUUUAUGUAGGGUGAGGCAUCCAAACCUUGUGACACUAAUUGGGAUUUGCCCGGAGUCUAGGUCACUUGUCUAUGAAUAUGUCAGAAAUGGAAACCUUGAAGACCGCCUUGCCUGCAGGAGGAAAUUUCCCCCUCUUGCGUGGCAAACUCGGGCUUGCAUUGCUGCUGAUUUGUGCUCUGUUCUUGUGUUUCUUCACUCCAAUAAGCCCCAGAUAAUUCAUGGAAACUUGAAACCCUCCAAAAUCCUUCUUGAUGAUAACUUUGUCUGCAAAGUUAGUGGCUUCGGCAUUUUUCUGUCAAUCCCACAACAUCAAACUGCAGGAAGUACCGUCUCGCUUAAAUCCAAUUCUAAGGACACCUCUGUAUACAUAGACCCAGAAUACUUAGUUACUGGAAAGCUUACUCCAGCAUCAGAUAUUUACUCCUUUGGCAUUAUACUGCUACAACUUUUAACUGGCAGACCAGUUUCUGCGGUGAUGAAAGAUGUAAAAUGUGCAUUGGAAAAAGAGAAACUUUCUGCAGUAUUGGACUGCUCUGCUGGGAACUGGCCACUUGAGCUAGCGGAGCAGCUGGCUCAUUUGGCAAUGAGGUGCUGUGAGAAGAACCACCUGAAUCGACCAGAUCUGGAAUCAGGAAUAUGGAGUGUGCUUGAACCAAUGAAGGUUUCGUGUUCUGGUUUCUUGUCAUGCUUGGCUCCAAAGGAGCAUCAUAAAAUUCCCUCUCAUUUUGUCUGCCCCAUUCUUCAGGAAGUCAUGAAGGAUCCACAAAUAGCAGCAGAUGGUUUCACAUAUGAAGCUGAGGCAAUCAGAGGAUGGUUAAAAAGUGGUCAUAGUACUUCCCCCAUGACGAAUCUAAAACUUGAACACUGCAAUCUUGUGCCUAAUUAUGCACUUUACGAGGCAAUUCAAGAGUGGGAGCAGCAAUGGUAAAAUUUUUCUUAUUUUCUUGAUAUUAUAGUAUCUGUUGGUUGGUGAUUUUAUGCGUUCAUUGGAAGGAUUUCAAUUAUUAUACCCCAUACAAGCUGAACUAACUAAAUCAGAUGUACAGAACAAAUAAAUUUAUUUCCCAACUUGUAAUAAUAUUAUGUUCUCAAUUUCUAGUUUGACA